AGAGAGAAGAGGGUUUGAUUCCAGAGAGGGAGAGGGAGAGGGAGAGGGAUCUGUAUUCUAGACCUCUGUUUAUCUACCGAGAAACUCAGGAAAAGAAAAGGUAAUAGAAGAAAAAGGCAAAAGAGGAUUGGAUUAGAAGAAGAUGCAAGCCGUAGUGGUGAAUACGCCCUUAUACUGUAACAGGGCCCAGCCAGCCCUAGAGCCUCCCACAUCUUCUCGCCCCUCCAAGAGCUCCAGCUUGUUUGGCACGCAUCUUUCUAUCGCGAGGGGACAUGAUUCGGUAUGGCGAGAUUCAUACCGUUCCGUUCCAAUUCGUUUCCAAUCCCGCUCACGCAGUCCAGUUGUGAAGGCUGUUGCUACUCCGAAUUCAGUUGUGGAAUUGCCACUAACUGCAGAAAAUGUUGAAAGUGUAUUGGAUGAAAUCCGACCUUAUCUAAUUGCAGAUGGGGGAAAUGUGGCAUUGCAUGAGAUUGAUGGCAACGUUGUACGAUUGAAGCUACAGGGAGCAUGUGGCUCCUGUCCGAGUUCCGUUAUGACAAUGAAAAUGGGCAUUGAGCAUCGCUUGAUGGAAAAGAUCCCUGAAAUAGUGGCAGUGGAACCGAUAGCUGAUGAAGAAACUGGUCUUGAGAUGAAUGAGGAAAAUAUAGAGACGGUACUCGAAGAAAUAAGGCCCUAUCUAGUUGGGGUAGCAGGUGGAUCACUUGAACUCGUGGCAAUUGAGGAGCCAAUAGUCAAAGUUCGAAUAACAGGACCAGCUGCAGGAGUGAUGACUGUUCGCGUGGCUGUAACACAGAAACUGCGAGAGAAGAUCCCAUCCAUUGCGGCAGUUCAACUUCUGUAAAAUCCUAGGCUGAAAACACACAAAUUUUGUUGUAUUCCUUCGAUUUUGUCACAAUUUGCAAACGAACCGUGUCAAUAAAACUCCGUAAAGCCUUUGGUAGUUUUAUAGAACAUGUACAGUUUGGUA